AUGGUGGAUAUGCUAGUAAGGGGUCAACUAAAACCAGUGAUCACCAACAUCACCAAUCAUCUAAAUCAACUGCUUUACAACAUUUUCAAGGUCACAGAAGAUGAUGCAUCAAGGUGUAAACUACUAGGAAUUUUUUAUGAGGUACUAGAUAUAGUGAGUAUGCUGGUGCAGGAUCAACUACAACCAGUAAUCACCAACACCACCAAUCUUCCAAAUCAACUUCUUCCCACCAUUCUUAAUGCUACAGAAGAUGAUUCACCAAGUUAUCAACUUCUAGGAAUUUUUUAUGAGAUACCAAAUAUGAUGGAUAUGCUAGUAAGGGAUCAACUACAACCAGUAAUCACCAACAUCACCAAUCUUCCAAAUCAACUUCUUCCCACCAUUCUUAAGGCUAUAGAAGAUGAUUCACCAAGUUGUAAACUUCCAGGAAUUUUUUAUGAGAGUCAACUACAACCAGUAAUCACCAAUAUUACCAAUCUUCCAAAUCAACUGCUUCCCACUAUUCUUAAGGCUACAGAAGAUGAUUCACCAAGUUAUAAACUGCCAGUAAUUUUUUAUGAGGUACUAGAUAUGGUACUAGACAUGGUGGAUAUGCUAGUAAGGGGUCAACCACACCUAGUGAUCACCAACAUCACCAAUCAUCUCAAUCAACUGCUUUCCACUAUUUUUAAUGUCACAGAAGAUGAUGCACCAAGUUAUGAACUGCUAGUAAUUUUUUAUGAGCUACCAAAUAUGAUAGAUAUGCUAGCUACAGAAGAUAAUUCACCAAGUUAUAAACUGCCAGGAAUUUUUUAUGAGGUACUAGAUAUGGCUACAGAAGAUGAUUCACCAAGUUAUAAACUUCUAGGAAUUUUUUAUGAGGUAUCAGAUAUGGUACUAGACAUGGUGGAUAUGCUAGUAAGGGGUCAACCACACCUAGUGAUCACCAACAUUACCAAUCAUUUGCACAACAUGCUUCCUACCAUUCUUAAGGUCACAGAAGAUGAUGCACUUAGUUACAAACUACCAGCAAUUUUUUAUGAGGUACCAAACAUGGUGGAUAUGCUAGUCACAGAAGAUGAUGCAUCAAGGUGUAAAAUACUAGGAAUUUUUUAUGAGGUAUCAGACUUGGUCAUAGAAUUCAAUGGACCAAGAUUUGGAGCACUAGCAAUUUUUUCUAAGGUUGUAGCCCAUCUUCUCCUCCUCCCCUAG